GUCACGUGAUUUGUGUCACAUUUGUUGACAUCAAUAAUACAUGUAUUAAAUGACUGUAGUUUUGAACAGCAAUCGAGUCAUACAUUUGAUUGAAUUGAUUUUAAUUAUAAAUUUAUUACUUUAUAUACAAUUGUCAAACAUUUAUCACAAUUAUUAGAUCCCAUGAAAUCAUAUAAAAAACUUUAUUAACAAAUAUCUUAUUUUGACUCAAAUUUAAUUUAAAUAACUGUUUGAGAGAUCAUUGACGUCGUGUCCAAAGAGAUGGCUCACAAACACUCACUUAAGAGGAAGAGUUACGCAGACUUUGGUCAGAAAACUGAAGAUAAUGAAGAAGACACAGUUUCGCCGAAGAAAAAGAGCUAUUUUGGACAAACUAAUAACAAGUUGAACAACAAUGACAAUGAAACCAAACCAGUGAUUAAAUCAAAGGAUAACAUCGGAAAACUUUUGAUGAGUAAAAUGGGUUAUAAAGAGGGACAGGGAUUAGGUAAAGAUAGUCAGGGAAAUGUCGAUGUUAUCCAAGAGUCAAAACAAAAGGGAAGACGUGGUCUUGGAUUUGCAUUGACUCAAAUCAAAUUAGAUCCAGAAUUGGAGUGGAAUUCAGAUAAAGAAAAGGAAUUUGCGUCCGUUGAAGAAAACAUUGAUUGGAUCGAUGAAUGUCAACAACCAUUGCCGACCACUAAAGAGUUGGACACCUUUUAUAAAGUGGGACCAAAGCUAACGAGUAUUGAAAACGAAACACUUUUUUGUGAUCCGGAAAUAUUGAGAAAUAUAAUCAAUUGUAAGACUGUUUUUGAUAGUCUAAGUGGUGAAGAAUUACGAAAAGCCCGAUCGACUUCUAAUCCAUUUGAAACCAUAGAAAAGGGAAUAUUUCUUAACAGAGCGGCCAUGAAGAUGGCUAAUAUGGACGCAGUAUUUGAUUAUAUGUUUACUCAACCAAAAGAUGAAUCGGGAAAAUCAUUAGUCAAACCAAAUGAGUUGUUAUAUUUUGCGGAUAUCUGUUCGGGUCCGGGAGGGUUCUCAGAGUAUGUCUUAUGGAGAAAAAAAUGGACAGCAAAAGGAUUUGGGUUUACACUUAAAGGUCCCAAUGAUUUCAAAUUAGAUGAGUUCUUUGCUGGUUCUCCUGAAACAUUUGAACCACAUUACGGCGACAAAGGUCUUAAUGGAAACGGAGAUAUAUAUGAACCGCAAAAUCUGAUAGCAUUUCGUGACUUUGUUCUCCGCAACUCUGACGGUGGAGUCUUCUUUGUUAUGGCCGACGGAGGUUUCUCUGUAGAGGGAGAUGAGAACAAUCAGGAGAUACUAUCAAAAAGACUAUAUUUAUGCCAAUUUCUGUGCUCUUUAGCUCUGCUAAGAACUAAUGGAAGUUUUGUUUGCAAACUUUUUGAUGUGUUUUCUUCAUUUAGCGUCGGAUUAAUAUAUUUAAUGUAUAGAGUAUUCAAAAAGGUUUCAAUACAUAAGCCUAACAGCAGUCGACCCGCAAAUUCUGAACGAUAUAUCAUUUGCAAGUGGAAGAAGUCUGGAACCGAAGCUAUCGAACACUAUUUAUUUAGUGUUAAUUGUCAUUUGGAUUGUUUAGCAAAAGAAAAAUCAACUGAAGAUAUUAUAGAGUUGGUGCCAAUGGAUGUUCUCAAAAGAGAUCAAACUUUUCUUAAAUAUAUAAUUAAUUCAAAUGAUUCAAUAGGAAGAAGACAAAUAUUGUUUUUGUCAAAAGUUAAAGCAUUUGCAGAGAAUCCACAACUCGAUUACAGUCAGUCGGAACUGCGAAAAGAAUGUCUUAAGUAUUGGGACGUUGAGGUCAAAGCCCGUUCGGCUCCUUUACGAUCAGAACCUAUGAUUCGUUUUCAAGAAUUGCUGUCUAAAUCAAAUGAAGUAAAAGAUUAUUUUGCUUACAAGCCUAAGAUAUUAGAGGCCGAUAAUGUCAAUGAAUUGGAUUACAUUCAUGGAUUCAAAUGUAUGGUUUUAAGCGCUGAAAAUGAUUACAAUAGCUGUGGCGCCAAUUCUUUCAUUAGUGUUCGUGGAUUCUUCAUGGGUUUAGGUCGCACUCAUAUUUAUUAUUGGGACGGAUCUGCAUCUUCUAAAUGGACUAAAUUUGACGCCAAAUUUGAAUUGUCUCCGUCAACACUGAUUUAUGGAGAAUAUGUUCAAGAAUUGAAAGGCGAAGGAAAGGCUCAAAAAAGGAUCGCUGCCUUUCAUAUAAUCGAUCCGCUAUUUAUUGGUGGAACUGAUGUGAGGAACAAGUGUUUUGAAGAACGAAUAUCAAUGGCCACUAAAUUUGCAAAAGCUGUCCACAAAACGAGUCAAUCAGAAUAUGCGGCCAUAAGGAUGAAACGAGUCUACGAUUUGCAACAUAUCCAUCAAAUCUUUGAACACAUGGAUAUGAAAGAGUGUAAAAGUGGUGCACAAAAAGUUAGAAUUUGUUAUGAAAUCAAUAGUGACGACAGGUUUUUCAUACCAUACGGACUAUUAAUAGUGAAUACAGUGAAACAGCCGUGGAUUGUCAAAUGGAGUCGAUCUCAAAAUAAAUUGUAUUACUUUAACAUGAAAAACGGCACAUCAGUCUAUGACUUCCCUGCCGACAGUUUGGCCGACUUUCGCUACACUUUUUCUAAUCGCAUGCUAUGGAAGUGGGAGUCGGAUAAGUAUCUCAUGAGUGAACAAAUCGAUUCAAAAAACAAAUUAAAUCGAUAUUUGAUUGAAAAUUUUGUCAGUAAAAGACUUUAA